GUUCCUAGGUGUGCGGAAGGGCAUGAGACAAAGGAAUGUGUAGCAUUGGGGAAAGUAGUGAUGAGUGUUAAUUGUAGGGGUGCCCAUGUGGCUGGGGAUCAGAAAUGUCCCGUGCGAGAAGCAGGUUGAGGUUUCCAGGGUUAGAAUAGUGCAGAAGUUGUCAUAUGCCGAGGCAGUGAAGAAAGUAGAGGAAGGUCAAGGGGGAGGGAGAGGAGUGCUGUGAGUAUUAGAUCUGCACCAGUACAGAGGGAUAAACCAACAAGUGAUAUAUGUUUCAGGAAGAUUGUAUUUUUGGCAUUUAUAGCAAUAAUUAUCAACUGUACUGCAGGGAUGGAACGUGGUCACAGAAAAUAGGUUGUGGUGGCAGCUGCAAAGAGGUAUGUGGGUGUGUGAGACUUGAUAUCAAAAGAUUUACGUGAUGUUUUAAUUGGUGGUGUCCCAUUCUUUCAGGCUGUUGGUCUCAAGUAGGGCUAAAUAGAUAGAAAGUGGAGUAUUUUUUAUAAAAAAUACAACAAAUGUUAGUGUACUGUUAGACGGUAGGGUAUUUAUUUCUAAUUUUUAUUUUUUUAUUUUUUUAAGGGAAGUGUAAGGGAGUUAUACGCCAGUCUAGUAGGUGGCGGUAAUGCAAAAUGUAUUGGAUGCCAACCGCCGUUAAACUUAAUCGAAGACUACACACGCUCAGGGCAAGAAAAUAUAUAAAGCCAACCCCUUUUAUUUUUCUUGAACAGCACUUUCUGUUUUUGAUUUGGGGGAACUGAUGCCCUUGUACCUUGUCAGAGAAAAUAAUCAAUAAUGUAUUAGGAACUUUGAUGGAUGCCAACCGCGGUUAAACGGCUUAGGAACUUUGACACCGGAAGUGGUCACUGAUGUCACUGUUUAGAACAAGUGCAUGAAUCCGUGGAACCAUCAGCUAGCCAAAACUCCUUUGAAUGUUAUAGAGACGGGGAGAAUUGCAGGCCUUUGAGACGGCCAGUCAAGUGAACGCUUCAUAAUUUGAGGACAUGGAGCAGAACAACAGUUUGCCUCCUUUCCAGGGUCUUGCCUCCCCUCAGGGGGCAAUGACUCCUGGUAUGCCCAUUUUCAGCCCCAUGAUGCCCUAUGGCAGUGGUCUGACGCCCCAACCUGUCACAAACACAAACAGCCUGUCUCUCCUGGAAGAGCAGCAGCGGCAACAACAGCAGCAGGCUUCGUCCCAGCAGGCUGGGGUGCCAGGGGGUUUGGGCCAGACACCACAGCUUUAUCACUCCCAAACGGUCACCACCACCACACUGCCAGGAAACACUCCCCUCUACACCGCUACACCGCUAACCCCCAUGACACCCAUCACACCUGCCACUCCUGCCUCUGAGAGUUCUGGGAUUGUCCCUCAGUUACAGAACAUCGUAUCCACUGUGAACUUGGGCUGCAAACUUGACUUGAAAACAAUAGCACUGCGAGCUAGAAAUGCUGAGUACAACCCCAAGCGAUUUGCUGCUGUAAUCAUGAGAAUACGAGAGCCAAGAACAACUGCACUUAUCUUCAGUUCUGGAAAAAUGGUUUGCACGGGAGCCAAAAGUGAAGAGCAGUCCCGCCUGGCGGCCAGGAAAUACGCCAGAGUUGUGCAGAAGUUGGGCUUCCCAGCCAAAUUUCUUGAUUUCAAGAUUCAGAACAUGGUGGGCAGCUGUGAUGUCAAAUUCCCCAUUCGGUUAGAGGGACUUGUACUAACUCACCAACAGUUCAGCAGUUAUGAACCUGAGUUGUUCCCUGGGCUAAUCUACAGAAUGAUCAAACCCAGAAUUGUCCUGCUGAUAUUCGUUUCAGGCAAAGUUGUAUUAACAGGUGCAAAGGUCAGAGGAGAAAUUUAUGAAGCAUUUGAAAACAUCUACCCCAUCUUGAAAGGAUUCAGGAAGACGACGUAAAUAUUUAUGCCUGCAAUCUUUUUUAUUUUAUUUUUUUAAUAGUCACAGGGGAACUUGCUCUGUUGUGACCCGUUAUUACAUUGAGACUCUGAUUGAACCUGUACAUUUUAAUCGGCAUGUCGGGGACCCCUCCUAAUCACCUUAAUGGUGAUUUGAUACUAGGGGAAAUGCUGUAUUUUAGCAGUUUUAUUUGUUUUUAAAUGACUCUUGCUUGAUAUUAAAUGAGGCAGUCUGACUGACAAUUUAUUUUUAUUGAAGCAUUUAAUUUGAAUGCUAGGUUUUAAGAUGUUAUCAUAUCAUUUCUCAGUGCAUGUUUGUCCACACAACCCUACGAGCAGACAUUCAAGAUUCCUAACCUUAUUCUUUAAAUGUUUUUUACAGUCUAUUUAACUGUUAUGAAUAAUCUCCAGAUUGAAUGUUACUUAGGAUUGUGUUGCAAGACUUACCAAUGUGUCAUUAUUGCGACAAUAUUUUUUGUACAUAUUCCAUUUUGAUAACACUUUGCUGCUGAAGUAAAAAAAAAUGGUGUAACGUGGAGUGGAACAUUCAUCAUGCAACCUUGUGCAUCUGAGUUUUAUUAGUAACUAUGUACCUCGGAUGUCUUUUCUCAUUCAGUUUUUGGUCAUUUUAAGUGCUAUUUAAGAACGGUCAUGUUUUAAUGCUAAAAUAGACAAAUCAAUUCACCGUGGAUUUUGUUUCAAUAGUUGAUACGUACUGUAUAUUUGGUCUACCAACUAAGCACACGUAAGCAGUCAGUCAUUAUGUUCUUGUUUUAAAUGUUAUUUUGCUCCAUUGUGCACAAUUAAAUAUUCACUUACCAAUUGUGA